AUGGCAGUACCAGAGCUGCAGGGCGAACCGGAAGACAUCGCCAAGAAAAUUGCCAGACUCGCUGCUGCUAAGUACCAGAGCUACAGGGCGAACCGGAAGACAUCUCCAAGGAGAAAGCCAGACUUGCCGCUAACUGCUCCCCUUUCUGCUGCUCCCUUCAAUCUCCACACACCCCCCACCCUCCCCUCCUCCAUGGCAGUACCAGAGCUACAGGGUGAGCCGGAAGACAUCUCCAAGGAGAAGGCCAGGCUCGCUGCAGCUAAGGUGGACGGUCCAGUGCUUGUGGAGGACACGUGCCUGUGCUUCAAUGCACUCAACGGCCUGCCAGCUUUGCUGGAAGAACAGAGAGAGAGGGGAAACCAGACCCAAGUCCACCUACGCACUCUGCAUCUUCUCCCUCUGCCUGGGUCCCCAACAUGA